GGCCAUGGCUCAGAAGGAUCCCUGUCAGAAAUAUGCCUGUGAAAUCCAGAAAUGUUUGCAAGCAAACAACUAUGUGGAAUCUAAAUGUGAAGCUGCCAUCCAGGAGAUGAGAAAAUGUUGUGUCCGGUAUCCAAAGGGCAGAUCUAUCUCUUGUUCAGGGUUUGAGUCGGAGGAAAAAGAGAAACAGAAGUCAGGACUGGCUCCCAAGGGAUUUCCCACCCCACGAUCCUGAGGAGACACGGACUGCUGGGGAGCACAGGCCUUUCCUGCAAACUAUGUAGCUGCACAAUACCUCAUCCAUCCCGCUUGCGUUGGAGCACGUCCCAGAACGCAAGCCAGCUCUUCUUUCAGACGUUCACGGCAAGAAAGCAACAAGUGUCUGUUAAGAUUAGAGCUGUUCGGCAGUUCUACCAUCAAAAUGUAGUCCUGCUCUAGCCUUAUUGUGGAUUAGAUUGGAGUUGAAGAAUUUGGUGUGUUAAUGUUCAGUGUCAUUGAAAUCUGUUGUCACGAGUAGCAAUAUUCCACUGCCAGGUGGAAUCCAAGCAGCCCUUUUUGCUGUUCGUUCAAGUUUAGACAAUCUUGUUGUUGGGCAUAAUAUGUGAAUUAGUGUUGUGAAGCUGCAGAACCUUUAUUUCCAGUAAAUGAGGAUUUCCCAGGCUGCUCAGAAGCUGCCCUCCUCCUCCUGCCUUCUUGCUGUGCAGAUAACGUUGGCAACGGAAGCUGCCUUCUCCUUUCUGCUCAGCAAUAGUUAGGUUACCUGUGUGCCUCAGUUUCCUCGUCUGCGACCCAUCUAACCUUUGGACUCUCCGGUCGAUCUUUUGGAUUGUAGAUUUAGUAGCACUGAUCUCCAAUUGCACAAUACUGAUUUAUGUGAAUGCUGUUGCAAUUUCAGGGAUAAUUAUAGUUGUGGUGUGGAGCUCUCCCUCGCCUUUGUAAAGCAAUAGUCACUUUAUGGAGUCGGAGUGGUGAAAGGUAUUUUUGAAAAAACCUUCCACUCUGCAACUUAUGUGAGCCAAGUGCCAUUCCAAUGAAUGGAAUUGGAGUGCGGUUGUAGCAUCACUUUCCUCACCCAGUUUAGACCCUUCUGAACACAACCCAGGAGAUGUUGAGCCUAUUUUAGUACCCUUGUAUCAAUCUAGUACCUCAUCAUUGUUGAAUAAUUUCGAAUCCAGUGCAAUGUUGUGUGCAUUUGUCGGCAGGCAUCACCAAAGCCAGUGGAAUAAGUGUGUGCUGAAUGUUUUAAAAUUCCAUGCUGCAAAAAAUUAAAAAUAAAGAA